ACACACAUAUAUAUAAAGUCUCAUAGCUUGCAAAUUACAACAUGAAAAAUUAAGUAAUAGCUAGCCUUCCAUUAUAUCUUCAUAUCACAACAUCUUUUCCACUCAAAUACAAUUUCUUGAAAAAACUUUGUGAUGGAAAUUCAAUUUCAGCAACCAAACAUGCAGAAUCAGAAAGCAGGAAUUUCAGUAACCAACAAAGGAGGAAAAUUCAAAGGAAGAAACAGAAACAGCAAUAACACAAACAAGUUUGUUGGUGUUAGGCAAAGGCCAUCAGGGAGAUGGGUAGCUGAGAUCAAAGACACAACUCAGAAGAUAAGAAUGUGGCUUGGAACAUUUGAGACAGCUGAGGAAGCAGCUAGAGCUUAUGAUGAAGCUGCAUGCCUUCUUCGAGGUUCGAACACUCGAACCAACUUCAUCACUCAUGUCUCAUUGGAUUCUCCUCUUGCUUCCAGGAUAAGAAAUCUUCUUAACAACAGAAAAGGCGACAAAAAACAGGAAGAUGGUGCUGUUGCUUCUGCUCCAAGUAACAGCAAAACUACCAUUAGUAAUACUAGUACAAUUACAAGCAAUGAUGAUAACAAGGAGAGCACUCUUUCGACCUGUGCUACUCGAAAUACAGAACUAUUUGAGGAUGCUUACAAACCAGAUUUGAGCAAUUGCAAGGAAGUUUUUGAGUCAGGUUCACAAUCCAACAUUUCAUGUGGUUUUGGACCUUUCUUUGAUCAUUUUUCUUUUACUCAGUUAUUGGAUAUGGCGAAGAAUGAUGACAUAACCGAUGCAUCUAGCUUGGAGCUUUCAGAAUUUGAAAGAAUGAAGGUUGAAAGACAGAUAUCAGCUUCACUUUAUGCUAUUAAUGGAGUGCAUGAAUACAUGGAAACUGUUCAAGAGUCUAAUGAAGCCUUAUGGGAUCUUCCACCCUUGUGCUCCUUGUUCUGUUAAAACUUUUAUAAGGUCUAAAUUAAUGAAUCUGCAAAUGUUUCUUCCAAAUAUUAUUGCAGCCCUAUUUUUUUUCUUACUAUUAUUGAAAACUUGAGGGGAAGUGUGUUGGAUGUAUGAGUGUAUGACUGAUUGAACCAUUACAAUAACAUAGAGAUUUAAUUAUGUUUUCCUUACAAUCUAUAGUGUGAAAAUCUUGACCUAUGAUCGAGGUUUUAAUUCCCGCUUCUGAUUGUAGGUACAUUACUAUCUUCGAUAUUACAGAGAAUCGCAGUUAAAUGUGUGUUUAUGCAAUCAUGAUUGUGUUGCAGUCGCGGAGACAUACAAACCUUGAUUGCGGUAAUUUCUUUUAAAACCCUGCCUAUUUGACAAAAUAAGCAGGCUGGAAUCUUGGAGCUAAAAUCAAAAUGAUUGUUCACACCGCGUUACUCGGAUAAACAAUAGAAUUACUCUUAAAUUUA